AUGCAUCGAUCAGAUCUGACCGACGUCUACUAUGGCCCGGCGGUGCCCUCGAGCAACGCUUACGGCAGCGCCCGCCGUUGCUCCAGCUGCUUCUGCUGCAGCCGCGGCCCGGGCAGCCUCUCGGCUAUCCUUGGCCUCACCAUCCUCAUCCUCGCCUUCAUCGUCUUCGUGUCCGUCCUCAUGUUCGCCUUCAUUCCUCCCGGCGUCGAUGUCUACGUCAACGAGGCCUCCCUCGCCGAGUUCAACUACAGCAGCGACAGCCGCAACCUGAAGUUCAGGCUCAGCCUCGCCAUGAGCAUCCGCAACCCCACCGAGCGGAUCAGCAUCUACUUCGACAACGUGGAGGCGCUGGCGAGCUACGAUGGCUGCCUUUUCGACUUCGUCGUUUUCUCCGCCUUCGACCUGGGCCACAAAAGCACGGCGAAUCUCUCCCCGACGUUCCAGGGCGCACAGAUCCUGCUGGGGGACUCGGCGGCGACGACGUACGCGAGGGAGAAGGGCGAGGGCUACUACUCCAUCGACGUGAAUGUGCGGGCGAGGCUGAGGCUCAACGGGUGGGUCUAUAAGCUCCGUUACAACCGGCCAAGUAUCGCCUGCAGGUUGAAGCUUCCGGUGCCGGGGAGCUCCGGCACCUUCAAGGCCACCGAGUGCCCCGUGUACUACUUUUAA